CUCACUUCUUUGUCUCUUUACCCCAAUAUUUCUCUCUCCUGAUCAUUUCGUUUUUUCCCUCCAAGAAAACAUAGACAACAAAAGAGAAACAAGAAAAGACUUCAAAUAUGGCCGUAGACUCGAACCUCUCGUCCCCGUUAGGACCUCCGGCGUGUGAAAAGGACGCGAAAGCCCUCUGUUUCAUCGAGGAAAUGACUCGAAACGCGGAUGCGGUUCAAGAAAACCUCCUUGCGGAGAUUCUGAGACGCAACGCUGACACCGAGUACCUCCGCCGCUUCAACCUCUGCGGCGCCACCGACCGAGACACCUUUAAAUCGAAGCUUCCGAUUAUCACCUACGAAGAUCUUCAGCCAGAGAUCCAACGCAUCGCUGAUGGAGACCGUUCUCCGAUCUUAUCCGCCCACCCCAUAUCCGAGUUCCUCACAAGCUCGGGAACCUCAGCCGGAGAAAGAAAACUCAUGCCGACCAUUAGAGAAGAACUCGAUCGUCGCCAGCUUCUCUACAGUCUCCUCAUGCCCGUUAUGAAUUUGUAUGUGCCGGGACUAGAUAAAGGAAAAGGAUUGUACUUCCUGUUCGUUAAGUCGGAAACAAAGACACCGGGUGGGCUACCAGCUCGACCCGUCCUAACCAGCUACUACAAGAGUGAUCACUUUCGGUCUCGACCAUAUGACCCUUAUAACGUCUACACGAGUCCCAACGAAGCCAUUCUCUGUCCCGACUCCUUCCAAAGCAUGUACACUCAGAUGCUCUGUGGCCUUCUUGACCGUCUUUCUGUCCUUCGCGUGGGCGCCGUCUUUGCUUCUGGUCUCCUCCGUGCCAUCCGUUUCCUCCAACUCCAUUGGUCUCGUUUUGCCAAUGAUAUCCAGUUAGGCUAUCUUGACCCUGAGAUAACCAACCGGUCUAUAAGGCAGUGCUUAUCCGGUAUUCUUAAACCGGACCCUAACUUGGCGGAGUUUAUCCGUCACGCGUGCGAAUCCGAAAAUUGGGAAGGAAUCGUCACCCGGAUUUGGCCCAACACCAAGUACCUUGACGUCAUAGUAACCGGAGCCAUGGCUCAGUAUAUACCAACUUUGGAGUUUUAUAGCGGCGGUCUUCCGAUGGCUUGCACCAUGUACGCUUCCUCCGAGUGUUAUUUUGGUCUGAACCUUAACCCAAUGAGCAAACCAUCCGAAGUAUCAUACACCAUUAUGCCCAACAUGGCCUACUUCGAGUUCAUCCCUCUUGGCGGCUCCAAAGCCGUUGAACUCGUUGACGUAAAGAUCGGUAAAGAGUACGAGCUUGUUGUCACGACCUAUGCUGGUCUAUGUCGAUACCGAGUCGGUGACAUCCUCAGGGUAACAGGCUUCCACAAUUCGGCACCUCAGUUCCACUUCGUGAGGAGGAAGAACGUCCUCCUCAGCAUCGAUUCUGACAAGACCGACGAGUCUGAGCUUCAGAAAGCGGUGGAGAACGCAUCAAGGCUGCUUCUUAAAGAGUGUGGCACCCGCGUAGCCGAGUACACUAGCUACGCAGACACGAGCACGAUCCCAGGCCACUACGUCUUGUAUUGGGAGUUGUUAGUGAUGGACGGGGCGAGGCAGCCGAGUCAGGAGACCCUGAGUCGAUGCUGCCUCGAGAUGGAAGAGUCGUUGAACUCGGUUUACCGACAAUGCCGAGUCGCAGACAGCUCUGUUGGACCGUUGGAGAUUAGGGUGGUGAGAAAUGGAACGUUCGAGGAGUUGAUGGAUUAUGCCAUCUCAAGAGGCGCAUCAAUCAACCAGUACAAGGUACCAAGGUGCGUAAACUUCACACCUAUUGUGGAGUUACUUGAUUCUAGGGUUGUAUCGGUGCAGUUUAGCCCAUCAUUACCGCAUUGGAUGCCGGAGAUGAGGAGAAGAUAAGGGCAGGCCUAUGUUUUCCUCUGAAGAUUUCGUGAAAUCAAAGGCUUUAAAUUAAUUAGCGCUUUGGUCUGUAAUAUAAGUAGAUUCUUCGCUGCUGAUUUAGCUUUUUUUAUUAGUGUUUA